GACCAGAUCACGCAAACCUCACGUGCGCUCUCGGAUAGCCUCUACUCCAACUGGCAUGAGUUGAGACACAUCAUCAGCAACCACGACGGAACGAUUCAGAAACGAUGGCGCAACAAAACACGAGAUCAGAAAACGUCUGUCUUGUUGGAAGCUUGGGGGCACGCCAUGAGCGAGUGCCAUCGACCUGACUUGACUCUCUUCAUCAACACUGCCACAGAUGAACCACCACACUCACUCGAUGCUUACAAAUGGCCGUAUAUCAACCUGGAAGACCUUUUGAGACCGAGAGUGUUGCCGACUUUCCUUAGCUCGCGCGGCAACUAUCAUCCCUAUGUUUUCUGUCAUACCGACCUCAGUGCUUGUGCACUCGGUAUCGCAACAGGCAACAUUGGAAAGAGUGAAGUGAAGGGGUACGCCAUGCUGUUCCGCGAUAGCGAAACUCCGCAGUGCUACGCUAAAGUUUUCCUCGAGAGCGAGAAAAAUGACUCGGCUAGCAACGACACGAGCGGUUGCUGGUUCAACACCGGUCAAGGUCUGCUCAUCUUGGAAGUACAGCAACACAUUUGGCAAUUCUUGCUAGUGUGUGUAAAAGCUAUCCUUCACGACCUUGUUGAUUCUGCUCAGGAAUCAAACGCCGAUACCGAAGCCCAGUCCUCAGCCUUGCCCACCAACGAACCUGCUUUUUACACAUUGGCGACUUCUACCAUCGACGCUCCAUAUCGGCCACCAGCACAAAUGGACCUGUCCCGGCUCAAGUCUCUCGUUUAUGCUAAGCGCUCUGCAAUCGCUGAUCACAUCUGGCUAUUGAGAGAAGACCCGAGUUAUUUUGCAGAUUGUGUCAACGAGUGGAAAGAGCAUCAGCCAGAGAUGCUUCUGGAUGCACAAGGCAAGAAGCACCCGAUACACAAGGCCGGUCUGACCAAGGCGUUUUGGAACCGUGUCCUGAGGAAGAUGAUUACCGACUCGUACCUUUCACUGUCUCUUUGGGAGGCUACCUGCCAAGAAGUGCGCAAGUUCGAUGAGCUAUCGCGAAAGCACCCGAACCCAUCACCAUCUCAGCCUCUACCCGAGGAGCUCGCAUCUGCCGUGAAGAAGAUACGUCAUCUGUUGGAGCUCUCGUCAGCAAGUUCAACAGCCUUGCUCAAGUCUCAUGUUCCUCCGUCGCCUCCAAUGCUCAAUUACUGGCAUCGAGAAGGCACGUCUACAGCAGAUCACCACUCUACCAAGUUUCGCAUGAUGCAGAAUCCACGCACCGACCAGGAUCCUGCGCUGGAUCGUCUCUUCUGGUUAUAUACCACUCUAUGGGAUGACAAGCAGUGCUCCUUGGUAGGCCUGCGAACUCUUGUAGACGAGCUUGACCGCUUGACAUACGCCGACACCAAAGCAAAGGAUCUUCAAUCCGGGUUGGUCGUUGAUAACAUCAGUGAUCUCGGUGUGAUAUCCGAAUGCUUGCAUCAAUUGUCUCUGUACUGCCCGUGGUCCAAGACCAUAGAGCAAGAGAUGGCGCGCAACAGACAGCAAAUCGUGGAGGAAUUUUACACACAAUCUGCCGAGUGGGACAAUUUCAGAAAGUUGUCAUGGCAGGGUGUCGAUCUAGCGGAUUUGGGAUCACCGGGAGACGGGCGGUUUUCGUACCCCAUCAGCAACCGCCGAACAAAGACCAAUGCUUCUGCAUUGUACAAAGCCGAGUUUCACCUUGAUCAAUUCUGGUCUGAAGUCGACAAGCAUUUUGCCUCACAGUCCUCCACUCUUCCGGACAAGAUGAUGAGAUUGCUACUUUCCGGAAACCGAUCUUUGCAACGAACGUCCGAGUGGGAGGAGCCUACAGAUGACAAACCAAAGGGCAAGAUCAAUGCCUCUGACACACCAUUAUCAUCAACCUAUCUCCAGCUUCGUGGCUCUCACAAGAGACAAAGUUCCGUCCAAGAAGCAACGUCAACCACGAGAGAGUCAAAGGAUUCGAAUGACCCCACGGUAACCGGACUCCAUGAUGCAAGAACAGAUUCUACAGCUACUACCACUUUAGAAAAGUCUACUUUCACCGUCGAUAAAUGCGCGAAGAAGACCUUCUGUGUUCUUUUCUACACACCAUCUCUGCACGACACGCCAGGCGACACUACUUGGACCGACUUUGUGCACGCCAUGCUAUCGGCUGGCUUCGUGGUUGAGAAGCUAUAUGCUUCAAUAUGGCACUUCACUCCUCCCAGGUCUGUUCCUGGUGAAAGCGUUCAGUUCCAUGCGCCGCAUGCUGGAGAUAAGAUUCGCUAUCAUGUCGCACGGUUGUUUGGACGGCGGUUGCACAGGGCGUAUGGAUGGAGCGAGAACAUGUUU